GCAUCUAUUUCGGUGUGGGUGACAGUCCCAUCUGUUGGAGGCCUCCUCAUCUUUAAAUGAAGGGGAGAUUGCUAUGACUGCCCUUCUUGUUUUGUAUUUAGUAUUGGGUGUAGAAUAAUUCUACAGCAUAGAGACUCUUGCCUUGAGGAUAUCCUGGAAAAGACUGGAGUGGCAGAGGGGUUUGUGGUUGUUAUCGUUUGGAUGAAUUCAGAGACAAAGUGACAGGUAACACUCCAGGCUAACAGUGUGGUUAAGAUACAGCAUCCAGAACCCAUGGCAACUGUUGGAACCUUCCCAUCCUUCCUGUUCUAACCUCACCCCUCUUGGCCCUUUUGCUCCAUUGUUCUCUUUCUUCUGUGUUCCCUCCCUGCGCCAGUCCUGUCAACGCCUCCUCUGUGGUGGAUACCAGUUUACUAAGACUACUGACCCUUCAUCUACCUGGCCAGUGGCUCUAUUCUCCAUUUGCCUUAUUGGUUAGUCCUCUUGGUGUUGGAUCUCUGUUGGUGGUGAAGCAGAAUGAGCAGUGGCAAAAUGAUGCUUCAACACCCAGGCCAGGUCUCUGCCUCGGAAGUCAGUGCGUCGGCCAUCGUCCCCUGCCUGUCCCCUCCUGGGUCACUGGUGUUUGAGGAUUUUGCUAACCUGACACCCUUUGUCAAGGAAGAGCUGAGGUUCGCCAUCCAGAACAAGCACCUCUGUCACCGGAUGUCCUCUGCACUGGAGUCGGUCACCGUCAGCGGCAGGCCCCUUGAGAUGACAGUCACGAAAACUGAGGUAGCCCCUGAAGAAGAUGAAAGGAAAAAGAGGCGGCGGGAAAGAAAUAAGAUUGCAGCUGCCAAGUGCCGCAACAAGAAAAAGGAGAAGACAGAGUGCCUGCAGAAAGAGUCGGAGAAGCUGGAGAGUGUGAACGCCGAACUGAAGGCCCAAAUCGAGGAGCUCAAGAACGAGAAGCAGCAUUUGAUAUACAUGCUCAACCUUCAUCGGCCCACGUGUAUUGUCCGGGCUCAGAAUGGGCGGACUCCAGAAGAUGAGAGAAACCUUUUUAUCCAACAGAUAAAAGAAGGAACAUUGCAAAGCUAAGCAGUUGUGGUAUGGGGGCAACUGGGGAGUCCUCAUCGAAACCUACUACAUCCCAAACCCUGAAGCCAUUGGAGAUCUGACUUCCUGUGCACCUCUCGCAUCCUGGCAGUGAAGGACCAUCGAGGCGGGAGAGCCCUUGAUGACUCAGCUGGGCCUUUCCUCUCUGCACCAGAGUGGACUUUGGACCAGGGCAAGGGCAUCUUUUGUCUCAAUGCCAAGAUUUAGGCCUUAACUUACUGGCUAUUCUUGGAUGCUGUAGGUGGCCCCUGGUUAGGGUCUUGCCCAUCUUUUGCCUGGAUUCUACAGAAACCAGGACUCUCACCAUUAGGACUCAUGCUCAAGAAGUGUCUGUACCUUGGGUGGGUGGUGUGGGGCCACGUCCUGCGCCGCCACUACCACUGUCACUCCUCGGGGACACAGAGUGAGAAUGGCAUUUAGUGAAGUUGUACAAUGGCCAGGGUUGUGCUUUCUAGCAAACAUGCUGUUAUGUACAGGAAUUACUGUGUGCAAGGCAUUUGUGUCAAAGCUAGGCAUUGUGCUCUUCUGAUGUUUGUUUUGCACAACACCGGUGUGAUUUUCCUCAGAUCUGGCUGCUGAGAGUUUGAGGGGGCUAUCACCAUAUGCAGUGUCUUACAAAACGUUGAGGUGGCCAGAAGAGCUCAUCAGCUCCGGGAGAACAGAAUUCUGCUGGCGAGCAGUGCGGUUUUUGUGUCAACAGAGAAAGCUGCCUUUCCCGUGGCACCCAGGCAUUAACGCAGAGUUCAUGGGCAUGACUGCAGGUCCUCUGUCACAAACUCAGUUAUAAUGUCACAGGAAGAAAGCAGAAAGUCCAACUUCCAAAGGUCUAGGACUCUCCACUCAGUGACUUAGGUCAGGAGUUAUUUCUAGGCCAGCAGAGCCAAAGAAUAUUCCAUUUUCCUUUUCUUGCAGUUGCAAACCACAUUCAGUGGAGACAAGUUUGAAGCCAGGUGAUGCCUAGGCUUUAGCAUUAUUGGAUGUUAAUGGCAUUGUUUGUCAGGCGGAUGUUUGUAGAAAUCUGGCCCAGAGCAUUUAUUGCUGUGAGAGGUCAUUCACACUGGCCAUAGGACUCUGGCUACUGUCUGUUUAAAUUCUGAUGUUUCUGUGAAAUCCUCAGAGUGUUUAAUCCUACUUAAUAGUGUCAUUACAAUUUUCUGUAAGAGAAUAUAUUACUUAUUUAUCCUAGUAUUCCUAACCUGUCAGUACAAUAAAUAUUGGAACCAAGACAUGGUAAACUUAA